GGGAAUCUUGAGAACAGUCAUACACUAUGAAAAGCUUUAUAGUGUUUGGAUUUUUAGUUUGUGGAGCAAUGGCUUUCACAGAAGAGCAACAACAGUUAAUGAAUUCUUUACAUGCCGAAUGUGUAUCUCAAACCGGAGUUGGCGAAGAUGUCAUUGAAAAAGCAAAAAGUGGAGAUUUUGUUGAAGAUCCUAAACUAAAAUGUUACAUGAAAUGUGUUUUUGAUGAAAUUGGCGUGAUAACUGAUGAUGGAAAAAUUGACGUGGAGGGCGCUCUAGCUAUUUUACCCGAUGAGAUGAAAGAUUUUGCUACACCAGUAAUUACAAAAUGUGGUACUCAAGCUGGUGCAGAUGUAUGCGAAGCCAUAUUUAAUACAUUGAAAUGUUAUUAUGAUAUGGAUAAAAGGGCAUUCUUUUUACCAUAGAAAAAUUAUUGGAUAUAUGUAAUGUAAUUUUGUUUUCGUGUUGUUUAAAAGUGGCAUCAUUAAAAGUGUAUUUGUAUUGUUGACUAAAAUAAAUGUUUUUGUA